AUGUCUGCAUCUUCUGGUCCCACUCUUGAUCAGGUUCUUGAAAAGCUUCGACAAUAUUUAGAAGGCACAGCUAAAAGUCGAGAAGAAUCCACUUGUCCAUUCACACCUGAAGAACGAGAUCUCUUCAUUCAACACUAUUCAAAAUCAUUUCUUGAGAAAUGUCCUGCCUUCUUCUCUCACCAAUGUCCGUUUGUAAAGUUAAAGAAUUAUUCUCAAUUUGAAGAAAUUAUGCAUAAAAUUCCUCGAAACAAGUUGAGUGAAUGUCCUGUGAUGCAUUUGAAUCAUCCCAAUCCUCAUGGUAAGCUUGUGGAUCAAGUGCAAAAAGAACUCGAAGGUCAAAGUGUUAAUAAGAAAUAA